UAUUUGUCUGUGACUUUACCACUGGAGUAAUAUAGAGGGCGCUGUGCUGCACCUUCAGCAGUUUUUCUCCAGUGACUGUUCUGCUAUGUCUCUCACUCUCUCUCUCUCUCUUUCCUGCACAGCAUGGUUGCACCCUGAUGUUUGGUGUUAAGUUAUAUGUUCAUUGCUGAAUAAACUUCCAGAAAGUUGCUGUUAAUGUGCCACCUGUUUCUGGAGCCUUAGUAUCACCUACAGAACACUGAAAGGCUGACCAGUGAACACAACAUGGUGUCAGAAGUUUUUCACAAGCACAGCUACCAGGAAUAGGAAAAUGUGCUUUGUCUAAGAAGUGGUUGGAUUAAACAUUUCUGCAACUACUCACCAGAACCUCAGAAGUCUCCAGUAAAAGUGAGUACCAGAUACUGAUCCUGCAAACAAAACCUGUUUGUUAAACUGCAUAGCAAUGGAUCAUUUCAAACCCCCACAGUCCAUGUGUAUGAGUGGCAAUCUGUCUGAAAACUGGCGCAGAUGGGCCCAGAAAUUUACACUAUAUCUCACAGCAGCAGGGCUGGAGCAAAAGCCUGAACCCACAAAGAUUGCAUUGUUACUGCACAUUAUUGGGGAUGAGGCACUGGAGGUGUAUAACACCAUGGGGAUUGCACAGACCCAAGCUGCAGACAGAUCCCUUGACUCUGUGAUGCAAGCAUUUCAAGCUUAUUUUCAGCCCAAAAGGAAUGUUGUAUUUGAAAGACACCAGUUUUGGACCCAUACUUUUGUAGAAAAUCAAGGCAUAGACAAAUUUGUUACUGAACUGAAACUAAAAGCAGCUAACUGUGAAUUCAAAGAUCAGGAGGAGUGCUUGAGAGACAAAAUAGUCUUCAGUAUUACAAAUCCCCGUUUAAAGGGGAAGUUGCUUGAAUGCAGAGAGUUAACUCUAGAACGGGCAAUCGAAAUAUGUAAAGCUAAAGAAAUAAUAUCAGCUCAAACAACUGCAAUGGCAAGUGCCACUAUAGACAGCAGUGUUCAUGCUAUACAAAUCACACCCAGAGAGACACAACAAGCCCCUAAGUACAGUAAAAGUACUUCCUCUGCGACUCUACUGCCUGAAUCAAGCACUCAGACAAAGCCAUGUAGCAGAUGUGGCAGACAGCACCCUCCCCAGCAGUGUCCUGCAUAUGGAGUAGAAUGCAAUAAAUGCAAAAAGAGAAAUCAUUUUGGAAAAAUGUGCAGGGCCAGAAAUCCUCAUACAAACACACAAAAACCCUUUAAAGAUGUGAAUACUUUAUUCAUUGCUGCUCUAGAAAAACACAGAGUAGCCAGAGACAGCUCAUGGUAUGCAACGCUUAUUGUACAUGGCACAGUCAUUGAAUUUAAGCUGGACACUGGGGCUGAAGCAAAUACCAUGCCAGCUUCAGUAAUUUCCCAAAUGUCAGGUGUUAUAGUAAAGCCUACAAACACAAUGCUUAUUGCAUAUGGGGGAGAACGUAUUAAACCAGAAGGAGUUGUAACACUCACUGCACAAGCCCCGCACAAAACAGCUCGGUUAACCUUUUUUAUUACAAAUGUGUCUGAUGUCCCUCUCUUAGGAAAACAAGCCUGUGUUCAGCUGAAUCUGCUAAGAAAAGUUUGUGAGCUUUCCAAACCUGCACCUACAACUAAAGAUCAGCUACUAACCCAGUAUUCAGAUGUGUUUGAGGGGCUGGGAGAAUUCCCUGGUACACACCACAUAUUUACAGACUCCACUAUUCCCCCUGUGAUACACGGAUGUCGCAAAAUACCAUAUUCUAUUACAGAAAAACUAAAAUGUACUAUUGACAGUCUUGAACAGCAAGGUGUGAUCAGCAAAGUAACAAAACCUACUGCUUGGGUGAACAGUCUUGUUAUUACAGAAAAGAAAAAUGGAUCUCUGCGGGUGUGUUUGGACCCCAGGGACCUAAAUAAAGCUGUAUUAAGACAGCACUUCUCUAUCCCAACACCUGAGGAUGUAAUAAGCAACUUAGCUGGAAAGAAGUUGUUCACUAUCCUAGAUGAAAAAGAUGGAUACUGGCAGAUUAAACUUGACAGUGAAUCAGCGGAUUUGUGCACCUUUAACACUCCAUGGGGACGGUACAAAUUCCAUCGGCUUCCAUUUGGCAUCAGAUCUGCAAGUGAAGUGUUUCAGCAAAAGAACUUUGAAUCCUUUGGGGAUAUUGAAGGUGUCCAUAUUAUUGCUGAUGACAUGAUCAUUGCCAGCAACUCUAAAGAGGAACAUGAUGCCAUUUUACAAAGAGUCAUGGACAGAGCACGCAAGCUGAAGGUAAAGCUCAACAAAGACAAGCAUCAGUACCAAGUAAGCAAAGUGCACUACAUGGGGCACAUAAUAUCCAGUGAGGGGGUCAUGCCUGACCCAGACAAAGUUAAGGCAAUUUCAGAGAUGCCAAGCCCACAUGACAAAAAAAGUUUGCAGAGGCUGCUAGGCAUGAUUCGCUAUCUUGCACAGUAUAUUCCACAUGAAGCAAGUAUAACUGCACCUCUCAGACUCCUACUGUCGAAAGAUACUAUGUGGCAGUGGAACCCUGAACAGCAGGAUGCUUUUCAAAAACUAAAAGAUGCACUAGUAUGCGCUCCAGUGCUUUCCUUUUUUGAUCCUAGAGAACCAGUUGAAUUACAUGCAGAUGCCUCCAAAGAUGGACUGGGAGCAUGUCUUAUUCAAAAAAACAAACCUGUCAUCUAUGCAUCCAGAGCCUUGACAAAGACUGAACAAAACUAUGCCCAAAUUGAAAAGGAACUCCUUGCCAUCGUGUUUGCAUUUAAAAAGUUCCAUCAAUAUGUGUUUGGCAUUUCAGUAAUGGUACGAUCAGAUCACAAGCCUCUAGAAGCCAUUGUCACAAAAAACUUAAGUAAGGCCCCUGCAAGACUGCAGCGCAUGCUACUCCAGCUACAGAAAUAUGACUUUCAAAUAGUCUACACUCCUGGAAAGGACAUGUUGAUACCAGAUACACUAUCCAGAGCUGUCACUAUACAGCCUAAUGCGAUGGACACUGAAAUUGACUUUGACAAUGAGAAAGUGGUAUAUUCCAUUGAUAUUGCAUUGGCUCUCCCGCAGCACCUUCUCCAAAAACUGAAAGAUGCAACUGAAUCAGAUGUAGAGCUGUCGGCACUCAAACAGAUGCACAGCAAUGGUUGGCCAAACCGGAAAAGGUCAGCUGACAUAGUAGUACAACCAUAUUGGCCUUUGAGACAUGAAAUUCAUAUUGAUGAUGGCUUAGUCAUGAUAGGCGACAAAUUCAUCAUUCCUAAAAGCUGCCGGCCACAUAUGAUUGAAAGACUGCAUGUAGCACACCAAGGGAUCCAGAGAUCUAAAGCGCAAGCUCGAAUGCUCAUGUACUGGCCAAAUAUGGGAAAAGAUAUUGAGCUAGGAGUAAGCACCUGCAAUGCAUGCCAAGAAAUGCUGCCCAGCAAUAUGAAAGAACCACUACUUACCCAUGAAAUACCCAGCAUGCCAUGGACUAAGCUUGCUGCAGAUAUAUUUGACCUCUAUGGGCAUUCAUAUCUACUUGUGAUUGACUACUUUUCAAAAUAUCCUGAGGUACUCAGACUGUCAGACAAAUCAGCACACUCAGUUAUUGCACGACUAAAAGCUAUCUUUGCAAGACAUGGCAUACCACAGGAACUAGUUUCUGACCAUGUACCAUUUGCCAGUCAUGAAAUGAUUUCUUUUGCUAAUACCUGGGACUUUAAACUUACGUUCUCAAGCCCAGGCUAUCCCCAGUCUAAUGGCAUGGCCUAACGGGCAGUCCAGACUGUUAAAAAGACUUUCGUUAAAGCUGCUCAAACUGGGCUUGAUCCACACUUAGCACUGCUGAGCUUGAGAAACACUCCAGUGACAGGCAUGAAAUAUAGCCCAGCACAGUUGUUAAUGGGUCGUGUGUUGCGAUCCAAUUUGCCAGCCUCAGCUUCUGUGUUAAAACCAAAGAUUCCAAAGAAUGCCUACUCUCAUUUACAAAGGUACCAAGCUAACCAAAAGAGAUACUAUGACUGCGGAGCCAGGCCUCUCACUCCUUUUCAGAGGGGAGACAGAGUAAGAAUGGAAACAACACAGGGCUGGCAGCCAGCAAGUGUACAAAACAUAAGAGAUGAACCCAGGUCUUAUGACAUAGUAACACCUCAAGGAAAACGCUACAGGAGAAAUAGAAAACACCUUAGGCCAGACAAAAUACCUGUGCAGCAAGAUACUGGUCCAGAGCUAUAUGGAAACAUUGAGACUGAUGACACACAGGGAGAUCAGGUCCAACAAGCUGCAACAUGUCCACAGCAAGAACCAACAGAGGAUCAUUCAGAACCCAGUACAGAAGCUUCUGCUGAGCCCCAUCAUAUCACAGUCACAAAAAGUGGUCGGAUAGUAAGGGCACCCAGCCGCUAUAAAGACUUUGUUUAAGAUUAAUGUUUGCAAUUAUUCUAUUGUUCUACUUUUCUUUCAAAGAAGGGAGAUGUAGUGUAUUUGUCUGUGACUUUACCACUGGAGUAAUAUAGAGGGCGCUGUGCUGCACCUUCAGCAGUUUUUCUCCAGUGACUGUUCUGCUAUGUCUCUCACUCUCUCUCUCUCUCUUUCCUGCACAGCAUGGUUGCACCCUGAUGUUUGGUGUUAAGUUAUAUGUUCAUUGCUGAAUAAACUUCCAGAAAGUUGCUGUUAAUGUGCCACCUGUUUCUGGAGCCUUAGUAUCACCUACAGAACACUGAAAGGCUGACCAGUGAACACAACAGGAAUCUCAACAUAUGUGUCAUUGUUUGCUCUGGCUCUGAGCAUGAGGUAAAACAAAGAAAAAGAAGAGAGCCGGAUCCAGGAUACUAAUUUAUGCACGAGGCACCAACGGAAAAUAUUGUUUUAAAGGAACAGUAAAGUUUUAAGCUAUCUUUCAUUUUAUCAGAGCUAUCGUUAUGAUUUUUAAAGCUAUUAAAUAAAAAAUGCAUGCUUCACAGUGUACUAACUAUUAACCUCCACCCACUACUACUGCUAUUUCCCAUGUCAAACCCCUUUUGUCUUGCUGUUCCUUAUAUUUGGAAUGCCAUUUCUGAAUCUCUCCGGAGAGAAAUUUUAGAAUUCUUUUAAACUCAAAGACUACCUCUGGGAGUACCUGGAUAACACUUGAACUGGGAACUGGCACUUUAUGGCAGUGUCACCCACUGUAACCUACAGCACUUUAAUACCCCUCUGAAUUGU